AUGAUCGGAUUAAGAUAACUUAGCUAAGCACUUCAUGUCACCCAAUAUUUAACCAUGGUUAAUAAGAACAUGGCCAAUUUCGCAAAAUUAAAAAGAAGAACAAAAAAACCUAAAAAAGAAGAUGAAAACAAUCCUAUUUAUAAUAUAUUCUAAGCUCUUAAAUUAGUUAGAUGCCAUUCUAUUGCUCCCUACCCAGAAACUAUUGAUUUUAGCGUUAUUUUGAAUGUUGAUCCUCGUCACGGUGACCAAAUCGUUAGAGGUUCUGCUAAGAUGCCUGCAGGUUUGGGAAAAUCUAAAAAGCUUUGCGUUUUCGCAUCUGAAUCAUUAAAGCAAUAAGUUCUUGAUGCAGGCGCCGAUAUUUUUGGUGACGAAGAAGUUCUUAAAAAUAUUAAGAAUGGUGUCAUUGAUUUCGAAUAAAUUAUAGCUACUUCUGAUGCCAUGGUUAAACUUAAAGCUUAUGCUAGAACUUUAGGUCCUAAGGGUCUUAUGCCUAACUAAAAGAUUGGUAAUCUUGUCAGUGAUGAAAAAUUAGUUUAAGCUAUUGUAGAUGCUAAGUAAGGUUAAGUCUAAUUCAGAGUUGACCCUGGUAGCAACAUUCACUCUCCCUUGGGUAAGGUGAGCUAUAGUGACGAAUAGAUUCUUACGAAUCUUAAAUCUCUAAUGUAAACUUUAGUUGAAAAGAAGCCUGCUGUUGUAAAAUCAAAUUAUUUCGUUGACGCUUAUGUAAAAUGUACUAAAGGUCCUAGCUUUAGAGUUUAAAUAGAUAACAUUGAUCCUAGAAAUAAAGCCUCACUUAUAAAUACUUUCAAUUAACAAUAAUGA